UCCAAUAAUAUAAUUUAAAAGAAUAUGACCCAAAGGAGAAUAGUAACAAACGCUAGCCGAACCAAAAUAUUAGGGGCUACUGGAUUCGAUCCACGCCUCUCUUUGAGUUGAGCCCAGUGUUUGUGUUUGUCUGUUUGUGUGAAUUACUGCGCGUCACAGUCUCUCUAUCUUUUUGCAAUCUUCAUGCAUUAUGCAAACCAGAUUCUGAUUCAUUCCGAUUCCCCGUUUGUUUCCCGAGAAAUUUUCUGAAACCACGAUGCUGAUGGAUUGGAUUCAACGACUCAGCUUACUUGACUGGCACCAUGAAUCUUACCCCGUCUACCAGGAUUUCUACCUUCUCCCCUUCUUCGCUCUCUUCUUCCCCUCCGUGCGCUUCUUGCUCGACAGAUUCAUUUUCGAGAAAAUGGCUGGACGAUUGAUUUUUGGUAAGGGACAUGCGAUGCUGGACUGUGAGACAGAUGAGAGAAGAAAGAAGAUUAAGAAAUUUAAGGAAUCAGCCUGGAAAUGUGUUUAUUUUCUAUCAGCUGAGAUUCUUGCUUUGUCUGUAACUUAUGAUGAACCUUGGUUUACUAAUACAAGAAAUUUUUGGGUGGGGCCAGGGAAUCAGGUCUGGCCAGAUCAAAAGAUUAAGUUGAAAUUGAAGGCAGUCUAUAUGUAUACUGCUGGAUUUUAUUCAUACUCCAUUUUUGCUUUAAUAUUUUGGGAAACAAGGCGCUCUGACUUUGGGGUAUCCAUGGGUCAUCAUGUUGCAACUGUCAUUCUCAUUGUGUUGUCUUACAUUUUUAGGUUUGCUCGUGUUGGAUCAAUUGUUUUAGCACUUCAUGAUGCUAGUGAUGUGUUUCUGGAGAUAGGGAAAAUGUCCAAAUACAGUGGUGCUGAUACAUUGGCUAGCUUUACAUUUAUUCUAUUUGUUUUAUCUUGGAUCAUAUUGCGCCUCAUUUACUACCCAUUCUGGAUUCUUUGGAGCACAAGCUAUGAAGUUCUGCUCACCUUGGAUAGGGAAAAGCACCGAGUGGAUGGUCCAAUAUAUUAUUAUGUAUUCAAUAGUCUUCUAUACUGCUUGCUUGUUCUGCAUAUUUAUUGGUGGGUGUUGAUAUUUCGGAUGCUUGUCAAACAAAUCCAAGCAAGAGGAAAAAUUAGUGAAGAUGUUCGAUCUGAUUCAGACGAUGACGAUGAACAUGAAGAUUGAGUAGGAAAGCAAGAGCAUAAUAUAAUCUUAAGGCUAAGAUGAAGUGGUUAGCUUCAAGCUUCUUCCGUGCCUUUGGCCACAGUGCUAAUCAUUUUCAAAUCUUCUUUCAAAUUGAAGGGGAUUGUAUUUAUACUGAUUUGAGUUCAGACUUGGGAGCUGAUUUAAAAGGCAGCAGAUGCAGAGAAUUUUCAAUCUUCUAAACUAUUGGUCUUAUGCAGCUCACCUCCUCAAUAUUAGGUCUGCGGCCUGACGUUUUGUUAUGAUAUUUUGACUUGCUUGAAUAAAUGCCCUCAAUUACUCAUUCCAAUUGCAAGCGUGAAGGAAUAUGACCCCGAAUUUUUUCUUGGUUUUCAUUUAUUGAAGAAGAAAAUUGUUAGACUUGGUUGUCACAUAUCAUUGUGGUACUGGUCUUGUUCCACGUAUUGUUGAUUUGGAGGUUUUUGUUAUAAUUCUUAUUCAGAAAAGAAAAACAAAAUGUCUAUUAUAUUGUUUUGCCAGUUGAUUCCAAUAAUACCUCGGGCUUAGAAAGUGGCUUUUGUU